GAUGGAUAGGCUAUCAUCUGUUGAACGACUUCUUCAGCAGCAAGCCGACGACAUUCUUUUACUUCGAAGUGCCUUAUCCGAUGCAAUUAGACGCCUUACGAAUGUCGAGCAACCCCUGCCGCAGACAUCCAAUCAAGUAAGCCAGCAAGUACCUCACCAUUAUCAACCUACCCCUACAAGAACAGCAAAGAGACAAGAAGGAAAACUAUCUAGAAGAACUUUUAGUUCAGAUGGUAUACAUAGAAUGACAUCAUCUCCAUCACCGUCUUCCGGUAGAUUAACACCGGCAAAAUUGACGAAAAAAUGGCCAUCAUUUUCACCAAGCGACCAUACACCAAUGAAUGGAGUUGGAGGAGGUUUGUCGAAUUCAAGGUGA